AUGCAGAAGACCAGCCUACCGAUUCCUACAUCACUACCUAUGGCAACUAGACUACCGAACGGAACCCUACUUAAAGGUCAGUCUAGUUCGUGCCAAGGAAGGACGUGCACAGAAAAUAAAGUAUUUAAAAAGGAUGUCGAACGGUACCUUUUCUACAUAUUGGUCUGGUCAGAAAUCACCUUGACUGCUGACUGGUCUAGUAGGAAAUCACCUUUUCUACCGAUUGGUUGCUCAGAAAUCGCCUUGGUUGCCGUUAGCUCUCCCCGGAAAUCGUCUCGACAGAGCUCUCGCUUCACUCACAAAUGCAAAGUGAACUUCUCAUCCGGAGCCACCCCUAUUUAUAGGGCGAGGGUUCACAACGGUACGCCUCGAAAAACCAAACGGCGCAUUAAUGCGCCUAUCCGCAUGAGUGAACACGCCACGUGUCGUUCAUCGUGUGGACGUCUAGACAGCACGCAGGGCACAGAAGAUGAAGCGUCUAUCUGUCCUAUCACUCCUCUAACAAGCGACCCUUUGAGUCCUCGGACGACCGCUUCUGAAUGA